GAUCCCCGUUGAGGGACUACACUGCGUCCACGAUCCCAACAUCACAAUACAUAAAAUAUAUGACAAGGCUGAAUAAAUGUUAUGUCCUUUCUGGCACAAGAAUUAAAAUUAAAAAUUAUGCAGCUGUCAUUGUCACACGAAAAUUAAGUGAAAAUUAAUUUAACCUAAAACUUUGUCAACGAUAAAAAACAAAAAAAGAUACCAACGUUAAUAAAAACUAAUAGAAUAUUAGAGGCAUUAAACUCAGCUACUUGCCUGCAUUAUGCAUAAUAACAAUAAUACUAAAACUGGACAUAGUGCUAAUGUAAAUAGUAUGAAUCAGAUCGUGCACCUUCUUCAAGGAGACUAAAUAGGUUACCUGGCGUUCCUAUUGACACGCUUCGGUAUUGUCUGCACUGUUUUAGAAGACUGAGCAUUGUCCACCUUCAGGCACAGCAGCAGCAACAGCAACAAGAGUGUUGUCCGCCUCCGGUACAAUGGCAGCAGCAAUAGGGAACAGCUUAGGAAACUUGACAGUGAUCAUGCCGAGUUCAUCUAACGAGACGAAACGUACUCUGGCGCCGCAGGGAGUUAAAAUUGAAAUGAGACCAUUUAACGUCCACAUAUUACUUAUGCCGAAGUAUUCUCUUGCACUCUUGAAAGCAGCUUGCCGAUUCCUUGUCAAAAAAUCAUGUACGACUAAGGAGGAACCCUUCAGCUUUGUCUUUCUCUUCCACACUAGUGACCUGAUAUUAGAAAAGGAAAAUUUUAUAACAAUAGGGCGAGAACGUCCUUCAGAGAGAUGGCCCAACUUGUAGACUUGAUGUUAUCGCUGGUGAUAUCAGCAAUACCGAAAUGUUUCUGCAGUAGCGUAAUGCCAUCAGUUGUCAGAUCACUGUCAGCUAAUUGUGGCACACCACUGAGUAGAAGACACUUUUGACGAUGCCUUUUCUCAAUUAUAUUCACGGACUUCAUUUAUUCAUAUUGAUAUCGUAUGUCAGACUUAAUUCUUCCUACGUUUCUAUUAAUGAUACUAUCGACGAUUCUUGAGAUCUCAAUACUUCAGUAAAACAUAUAUUCCCAUAACAUAAAACAUUAUAGGUGAAGUGAAGUUUCCCUUAGUCGCCUCUUACGACACCCACGGGAUGAGAGGGGGUAGUGCUAUUCUAUUCUAGGCCGGCACUACACGGCGGAACAACACAACGGCACAACAUAAUCAUAGCCCUCCCAAUGUCAUCACAACCCACUGCUUUGGAUUUUAUAGAGAGCACGAUCUUACUAACCUCCUCUUCAGUCAGAGAAUCGAAAGAAUCGUUUGUAGAAGGUGCCAUGGAAGUAAUAGCUGAAACUGUAGAAUGAGUAACUGAAGUCGGGAGAGAAAGGGACAGACGAGAAAUGCUUAUUAUGGUCAUCAGGUGAAACAGAAGAGAUAUGUUUAGGAGAGGAUUUACCGAAACCGAGAGAUCGUAGAAAUUCCCAUGUAUUGGCUUGAAUUGAAUUCAAAAUAUUCUGAUGAAUGUACUGGCGUUUAGCAGCUCUCACCAUCUAAUUGCAGAGAUUGCUGGUAGUUUUAAAAUCAUCCGAAUUGUAAUCAGUGCGGCACCGUUUGUACCUACGAAAGCACUUAUUACGCUUCCGCAUUGCCAUGCAAAUACCAGCAGUAAUCCUCGGCGCAGGCGGGCGGUUCAAUUUGACGCACUUUUUAGAUGUAUGACUGUCAAAAAGUCUCAUGAUAGCAUUACUAAAAUAAAAGACCAUAUUAUCAAUGAUAGCUGCCUCGCAAAAAGGUUUUAAGUCUAUACUAUACGCGUCACUUUUCAAUUUCUCCGCAUGCAGUCGCAAAAAGCUUCGUAUUCGGACUAUUUGAGGCUUAGGUUUUGGAGGUUUAGCUUUAUGUGCUAGGAAAAAAUGGAGAAACCGGAUGCCGGAAGUUGGUCAUGUUUAAUGACACGAUCAUGAUAAAGUUUUAAAAUGUGAUCGAUCCAUGAGUCCGAAGUGGUAUGAUUAUGGUGGGUUGGUUCAAGGUGAAGAAUUGAGAAGUUAAUCGACUGAAUUAAGGAUCGAAACUAACGAGACUGCGCGCUAUCUUUUAGAAGGUCAGUGUUAAAGUCGCCCAGGACUAUGUGGUUUGUGUAGUCAGUAGCAAGUGAAUUGAGAAGCAAUUCAAAGUCUGUGAAUUUUUUGUGUGGAGAAAGGACGAUACGCAGCUCCCAGAAUGAUUUUAACUCCAUUAACGGUGACUCAAAAUACCUUACCAUACUCUUACUCCACUAUAGGCCCAUAUCAAUAUUACCUUUUCUCUGUAAGAUUUUAGAAACUGCUGUAUAUAACCAAUUCUCUUCUUUUCUCUUUCGCCAUAAGAUUCUUAAUCCUCUACGAUCUGGGUUUCGACCCUGUCACUGCUCUCCUUAAAGUUCUAGACGACGUUCGGAGUGGCAUAGAGAAAUCGCAGUUGAGAAGAAUGGUCUUGGUCGAUUUUUCUAAAGCAUUCAAUAUGAAUAAACAAGUUCCAACGGGUUAGAUGUACUGAAUUUAUAAAUUUAUGACGAUUCGCAUCCUUUGCAGGAAUGCGUCGUCAGAAUAAUGACGACGCAUAAUUCUUACGACGCAUUCCUGCAAAUGAUGCGAAACGUCAUACAUAAAUAAUUUCAUUACAUCAUGCGUGAAAACCGAGGAAACAAAUGCAUUCAACAUGGUCAACUACGACAGUCUCCUUGCAAUCCUUACUCACAUGGGAGCCUCUUUUUUGGCGAGAACCUGUUCUCUUCGUAUCUUUGUGGAUGCCAGCAGGCUGUUCGAAUUGGUCAGACUAUUUUGAGCUAGGCCUAUAUCUCUGCUGGUGUUCCGCAGGGCGGUAUUCUUUCUCCCUCUGCUUUUUUCACUUUUUAUUAAUUUCCUCACUACUCUAAUUCUAUCCUCUUACCAUGUGUAUUCUGACGAUCUCCAACUCUAUGUUUAAGCUGAUAAGCAUAACUUAGACGCUGCUAUCAUACGCUUAAACCAAGACCUACAAAAAAUUAGCGAUUGUUCCAUGUCUUAUGGUAUCUUUGUAAACCCGUCGAAAUGCCAGGCUAUUAUUUUAGCUAGUUUUAUAUUGGCAAUUGGCUACGCUUGAUCUGAGUAACUUAAAUCCGGUAAUGUACAAUGGUAAUAUUAUCCAGUAUCUUCCUAGCGUUUGGAAUCUAGGCUUAUUUAUCGAUGCUACUCUCAGCUGGGAAGUGCAUGUUCAAGAAGUUAAUCGUACGGCGAUCAACACACUUCGAGCACUUUAUCGUCUAUAGCACUUUCUCCCUACCUGUUCCAAAGUCGCACUCGUCCAAUCUCUUAUUCUCCCUAUUCUCGUCUAUGCUGACAUCUGCUGUUCUAACAUCACUUAAAACCUUAUCCAAUUGGAUCGUUUGGUCAACAGCGGUAUUUGCUUUGUUUUCGGAUUACGUAAAUACGACCACAUUUCUCCCUUUACGAAUCCACUUGAAUAGUUGCCUAUCAAUGGCCGAAGAAGAAGAAACCUUAGAUUACUUUGCAUGCUCUUCAAGCUUUUAUACGAUCCAUGUGCUCUAGAAUAAAUAAAUAAAUCUAGAUUUCAAUUUCUGGGCACUUCCAAUCAACGUGAUCUUUGCUCGUGCGUUCGUUUUAGAUCCAAAUCUUUCACUAUUACUGCCCUACGCCUGUGGAAUGCUUUACCACUAAGCAUACGUAGUACUCACAAUCAGUUUGAGUUCUAAAAACUUGUGUGUGAACACUACCUGACUAGAUAAUUCCGUAUAGUUUGCAUUGAUAUAUCAUAGCCUAAACGUGGAUCAGAAACGUAUAAGUAAAAUAUCAUAAACACGCCUUAAAUUUCAGGUUUUGGUGGGCAUAGAAAUAUUAGAAUCACGUUAUCUAAUAAAUGAUCAAAUUUAACUGUAAUUAUCUUUCCUGACGCUCCAAUGAUAUAAUGGUGCGAUUGUUUUACGCAAAUCAAUAAUCGCACAUUUUGAUUUCAAUCUAAAUGAUAAGAUUCUUAUACCUUUUCACCAAAUCAAGUUCUUAUAAAUAUUGGUGUAAAAAGGCAUAUUGUAAGUGGUGUACGGACCAUAGGAAGUAUACAAUGAAAUUAACAUUGUCUCUCCUUGCCGUGAUAGCGGCUUGCUGCGUAUCGGCAGUACCUUUGUUAGACAAGGAAACCCAAGUGUCUAAGACACAGUUAAUUCCCUUCAUUGAUGAAGCUGGCGUAGAGCAAGUCAUUGACUCAGAGGAAGAGCCUGAUGAGGACUUCUUGGAGGAACUAGAACAAAAUGAUAUCAACAGAUAUGUUUUGUUCACCAGGAGUAAUCCAGAAAACGGCCAAGAAAUUACCCACGGUAUCGCUGCUUCCAUAUCCGAGUCUAACUUCGACGCCAGUAAAAAAACUGCAGUCGUAGCUCAUGGAUGGCUCAAUAAUGAAGAAAGUGGUUUGAACAGAGCCAUCGUAACUGCUUUACUUUCCGCCGAUGAUUGCAACGUAAUCGUUCUUGACUGGAGUCGUCUGGCCAGACGUAACUACAUUACUUCGUUCCGUGGUGUUCCCACGGUGGGUCGUAGAUUGGGACGCUUCGUGGGCUUUCUCAACUCCAGAGCUGGACUCUCUUUGGACAAUGUCCACUUGAUCGGCUUCAGUUUAGGAGCUCAUCUCGUCGGGAACGCCGGAAGGGAACUUGAAGGAAAAGUUGCUCGCAUCACCGCGUUGGACCCCGCUGGGCCUCUAUGGAACUUGAAUUCCAACAGAAUCCAAUCGAGCGACGCGGUGUACGUCGAAGGCAUACACACCGACGGUGGCUUGGUGGAGUUAAGUCUUGGUCUCGGCCUUCGCAUCGGCGAUGUUGACUUCUUCCCCAACGGUGGAAACAACCAGCCUGGCUGCUGGACCUCCAGUAUCUGCUCUCACAACCGCGCUUGGAGGAUCUUCGCCGCUUCGGUGUCCUACAAUCAUUUGGAGGGCAGACGUUGCUCGAACGUGAUGCAGAUGACGUUGAACCUCUGUCGCGGCGACAGACUCAGGAUGGGCAAUAACGAAUUGAAGAAAAAUGGAUCUGGACGAUACCGUGUCAACACCAGAAGACGCUAUCCUUAUUAAAUGAUACACUUUGUUAAAACAAUGACAGAUGCAUUCAAAUUUCACAUUUCUCUUAAAACAUGAAACUUAAGGCUAUCUACUGUUGCAUAUUUAUUUUGUUAUUGAAUAUAAAUUUCUAUAUCAAUAUAUAUCGACAGUGGAAAAGCAAAAUUGCUUAUACGCCACUUUGGUGCUGCUUAAAAACAUUUUCAUUUAAUGUUAUUUUUAAGCAGUACCAAAGUGGCGUAUAAGCGAUUUUGCUUUUCCACUGUCAAUAUGUAUGUUUAUUUAUAUAAUAUUGUGCUACUACAAUUUUAACUCUGCUGUUUUGUGAAGAUGCCAGAUUGAUUUACAUAGCGAAGAAAAAAAUUAUGUGCUUGUGACCUCUGAUAAUAAUGAAUAUAUUACAAUAGUUAUAUUUAUAAAUCGAUGUAUAAUUAUUUUAAAAUUCCUUCUUAAAUAAAUCCUGAAAACAAAUAUUGAAACCGAUGAAAGAGUUUGUGAAAUUCCAACUACUGCUAAAAUAAAAACAUAAUCAUACUACAACUGUAUGUCAUUAAAAAUAAUAGUCUAUCAAGAUCAAUCUAGUCACUGGAUCGAUGCUCAAAAAUCUGAUAAAAUCAUAUCGACAGUUUUUUUUGGCAUAGUCUCUUGAUUAAGAAAUUACUGUAUUCUAUUUAAAAAAAUAUCAUAGAAUAUUAGUCUGCAAUGCAGUGAUACUAACAUGCAUUACUCUAUCAUCUCCCAAAAUUAAAAGAGGGAUCUUGUACCUGCUGUGCAUAAUCAUCUGUAUCGGAAUAUAUGUAUAAAAGAAGGCCUUUUGUUACUGACUGAGAGUCAAUGCACAGCCCAAACCACUAGGUCUAGAGACUCCAAAGGCUCGUAUGUUCUUUAUAAGGUUCAGGGGUGCACUAAGACAAGAUUUUUCAAAAUUCACCCCCGAAGAGUUUCAUUCAAAUAAGGGAUAAAAAUCUGUCUAAGAUGGUAAAAAGGGGAUAAAAAUUUGUAUGGAAAAUCUUAUUCCUUGAGUCUUGAAACUUGCCACGAGUAUCUAAAUAAAUAUUAAAGUAAGUCAUUUUCAGUUUUUUAAACUACCCCCUAAAAGGGGAUUGGGAGGGUUCAGAGCUUUAUAUGGCUGAUUUUUAAUGCGCAUUUCGAUUAACUCGAAACUUGGUAUUUUUACUAAAGACCAGAAAUAAAGAAUAAGUGUAUCAGGAUUUUUCGAAAAUCUACCCCAAACUUUGAUCCCCUUUUUAACUCUCUUUGGUUAGGAGGGUAAAAUAGGGAAUCAAAGUUUGUAUGAAAAAUCUUUGAGUUAAUUGACUUAAAAUUUGGUACGAAUACUCAUGUUUAUUAUUAUCUAAAUCUUCUUAAUAUUUAUAAAUUAGGCACCACGUUGUUUGUUUGUUAAUCAAAUUUGCACACUGUGUGGAGUUUGAUCCAUCUUGAAAGAUAGGAUAGCUUACAUUUCAAUUUAUAGUCACAAUAUUAUUUUAUUGCAAAUUAUAACAUUAUCUUUAA